AUGAAUAUCGCCUCCGCUCUCUAUUUGUUUCAGAUUUUGUGGGCCGUGCCGACAUUGCUUCGUUCGCGAGGAGCUCUGAAUGUAAGCCAGUUCAGAGUCCAGUCGCUACCAGAUAGUCCAACUCUAACACCUAGCUGGGCUGGGCGUUUGCCGGUGCCAGGUACGGCCAAUGGAAACGGGAUAUUCUUCUGGCUCCUUCAAGCCGAGAACUUAGUCUACAAUGAUAACUUGAUCAUCUGGUUUAAUGGUGGACCCGGCUGCUCAUCCUUGAUCGGGCUAAUAACCGGGAACGGGCCUAUUUCCUUCUCCGGCAAUUCCACUCGACUAGAACGAAAUCCAUAUUCAUGGUCCAAGCUGGGCCAUAUAUUAUAUGUGGAUCAGCCUGUGGGCACGGGAUUUUCAACCGCAAGCAAUCCUUACCCAGUACAAAGUAACGAGCGAAUAACAGAUGACUUUGUUCAAUGGCUUCAUACAUUCAUGACAUACUUCCCGCAUCUGCAGUCUAAGAAGAUUCAUUUGAUGGGCGAGUCCUACGCAGGAAUCUAUGUACCCUAUUUUGCACAAGCCCUUUUGGAUGGCAGCUACCCGCUGUCAUUGAACAUACAAUCCAUGUCUCUCGGUGAUGGGUCAUGGGGAAAUGCGGCCGCCAUGUCAUCUGUUGCAAUGGGAACAUACAUGCGCUCACAAGCAGAGCUUCUCGAGGUCCCUAACGAUAUUCUUUCCGCCUUCUCCGUAGCGGACCGCACGUGUGGAUUCAAGACUGUCCUGCAAGAGGCUAGCAUCUACCCACCAAUGGGCAAGAUUCAUAUCGAAGGGAAUCCAGAAAGCUUGAAUUAUCGGCGCUUAAAAUGCCGUGAUGUGAAUGCAGAGAUCCUUGAAGGUUCAUGUGACAUCAAUCCCAACACCACAGCUGAGGUCGAAACUUCUAUCUUCAACUCUAGCUGCUACGGGUCCUGCGCGACUUUCUCCACAGCGUUAGACUAUAUGUCAACUAUCUCGGAACAAGGUACAGGGCCAGCCUGCUAUGACGUUUAUGACAUUUCCCACGAUUGCAGCACAAUCAGUCCUUUGCCACUGUUAGCUUCCUAUUUCAGCCGCAAAGAUGUCCAAUCUGCACUGCAUGUCAGUAACAGUGGCGACUACAGCGCUUGCAACUCAGAUAUUCUGGCCACCAUUCUUGCGGCAGCUUCACCAGUGCCUCCAGAGUACUUGAUUCUUCCAAGCUUAGUGACGGAUCACAAUGUCUCUCUCCAUCUUUACAACGGCGAACUAGACAUGCUCAUCAACUAUAUUGGUACGGAGCUCUCAAUCCAAAACAUGACAUGGAACGGCGCACAGGGGUUUUCAAAGAAACCAAGUCAGUUGUUUUAUGCGGAUGAUGCGUUGCCGUCUUUGACCAAACAGACAAGUUCGAAGUCUUCCACGGGCAAGCCGGCUGGGACUUGGGCUGCUGAAAGAGGAGUGUCUUAUCAUCUAUUCAAUGGUGCUGGUCAUAGUGUAUUUGCUACUAAGCAGAAAGAAAUGUUUGCUUUUGUUAGAGAUGUUGUUGUGAGUGAGAAAACGAAUUGA